AUAAUUAUAACAUACCGAAUCCCGACGAGUUUCUUGAGCAGUAAACCAACUCCAAACCAGCUGAGAAAACGACUAAUAAAACACUAAUUUUUGUACUAAUUUUCUGUAAAGUAGCAAUAGGGGAAGUGGAGGUCAGUAUUUAUAGAUAAUUUUUUUUGCAAUCACCGCCUUGGACAAAAACAGUGAUGUGUUCACCGCCAUUGUCCUCAGCGGUGAUUUCUUGGUAGCUGUGACCUAAUUUCCACCUACCAGGCCGGUAAAACGUGUCAAUUAUCACCGCUUUACACAUCAGCGAUGAUAUCAUCGCUUUACACAUCAGCGGUGAUAAGGUCUCCUUUCACCGUUUUAAACCAAGACAGUGAUGCAAUCACCGUUUUGGUCCAAAACGGUGAAAGGAUCAUCGCUUUUGUCCAAGACAGUGAUAGCAUCACUGUUUUGGUCCAAAGCGAUGAUACUAUCACCGUUUUGGUCAAAAACGGUGAUUGCUUUCACUGUCUUGGUUUGCAGCGGUGAUAACCAAACUGCUGUAUUUUGGGAAAUAAUUUUAUAAGUACUGUAUUUUGGGAAUUUUUUUUAAUAAUUAGUGUAUUAUGGGAUUUUUUCCCAAGAUAUCUACCAUUCAUAUGGUUUCAUGGACCGCUUUAAGUGCAGCUAAGUAACUCGCACGAAACUACCCCACAAAUAAAUCCCGAUUAGAACCCAAGUUUUUAAAUUCUAACUGGGUGCAGUAUAGAGCAAGAAUUUAAAUUGUCAACCAGGGUCGAUCCAUGUACCCCUACUUCAAUCGCUUAGGUUGUUAUCUAGCAAGCAACUUUUGGGUUUAUAACUAAUGUAACUACAAACUAAACUAGCAAGGAAAAGUAAAUAAAGGAAAAUCGUAACUAAGGGAGCUUCACCCGGGAGUUGCUUCCACCUAACUAGCUACCGUGACUCGUUGGAUUGAAUGAAUUCGUGAGGCGUAUGUGGUUGUGAAUCUCGGGGGUGAGCAACUAGUGAUCAAUCUGUCACUGCAUCAAUUGACUAGCGAUCGAUUUGUCACGGGAUUGAUCCACUCACCAAGUCUAGGGGAACCACUAGGAGGAGCAACUAGUGAUCCAUUUGUCACGGGAUGGAUUCACUAGAGGCCGAUUUGUCAUGGGAUUGAUCAUCUCACUCAGGAACUAGUGUUUGCCUAGAACUCUCCCUCAAAUCGGAGUUUGAGCGGCUUAAUCACAACCAACCUAAAUGGGCACGAUAAUCGCGAACCGCAGAGGGAUGCAUAUGUGGUCGGAGACCACAAUCUCAAUUGCUAUACCGAGGUAAGGAUGAAAGGCCAUGUCACUCGACCCUCUCGGUUUAGACAAUCAGUAAUUGACUUACUCCCUCACUCAAUUCUAAGGUCAGACGGCUUAAUCACGAAUUCACGAUUAAUCGGCUUUCUUAACUCAACAUUGAGGGUUUCCCUAGCUUAACCUAGUUUAGGUGGCUUAGAAAGCGGAAGGAAAACCAACUCGAUUGAGUCUCCCUUGGAAGGGGGAUUUUACUCUCUAAGCUAGGCUAAGGUGGCUAAUUAGAUUGCUAGAACCUCAAUGCACAAACCUAGGGGUGCUAAGCACAAAACAUGCACAACCCUAGGUUGCUAAGCACAAGCAUGCACAAUCACCAUGAAAACACCUCUAAUACUCAAAUUGAUGCAAACCCACACUUAAUCAUUCAAUCCAAACAAGUAAUUACAAAGUAUUAGUUAGGGAUCUACAACACUCAAGAGAAAAGAGCGAGUUUCUAGAGAGAGAGAGAUUACAAAUUUGAGCUCAAGAUCUUCUUCUUCUUCUAGGCUUGAAUCUUCCACCCAAGCCUCCAAUGAUGCUCUAAGAUCACUCUAGCUCUCUCUCUCUCUCUCUCUCUCUCUCUCUCUCUCACUAGAAAUCCCCUUUGGUGUUUAGGUUGAAACCCUAGAGAAAGAAAGUGUUUCUUCUCCAAAAACCAGCUCCCCCUUCUCUCUCCCCGCUACUGUCUUCAUAUUUUCCCGAAAGUGACCAGUUCACGGACACGUUGGCCAGUUCAAGGUCGUGAACUCCUAAACGCGUCUGUGAACUGAGUGUCGUCCAAAACGCGCUGCUUCACUCGCCUGGGUUCACGGUCAAUGGCCCCAGUUCACGGUCUUAGAGACCAUGAACUGCCUUGUCGUCAGUAACCUCACGAACCUCGCUGGACUGCUCGAUGUUCACGGUUUAUGGUCCAUAUUCGCGGUCUUAGGAGACCGUGAGCUGACUUGUCUGGCCGUGAACUGCGGUUGUUUCCUGGGAUACCUUCACUUCACUGCUAUGGGGAUAUUGUUACGAUACUUCAUACUUUUCUUCUGUUUUUGCGGUUUUUGACCUCCAGAUAUCCCAAAACUCGUCCUCGACCCUUCCACACGUGCUAGGACCUGAAAUGUAUCAAAACAAGCACAACCUAGCGUGAAAUAUGUCGAGGAACGAUGAAAUACUAAGCUAAACGAUUAAGAAAUGAUGGGUAAAAUG